CUCAGUCAGUCACUGUUCGGGGCUUGUCGUGGACGUAUCGUGCUGUGUCGUUCGUCUGUGUGCUUCGUCCGGGAGCCGAGAAUCGCGCGAGUGGACACAGUGGAUUUUGAAUUCCGCCGAGGGGCGAAGUGUGAAGCCUCCUGCCACACGGCUGGAUUGUUCCGGGUUUUCCCCGUUUUUUGGCUUUUUGCUUGAUCCAACGGGAUGCUGCUGAGCCUGGAAACUCUGAAUGAGAUUUUAACCAUCGUAUCGGAGAGCUUCCGUUCCAGUGUAGUGGGUGGCCAUUAUAAUUAUGACCACAGUGCAAAUUGAAUUAAACAGAAAAUGUGAAAAUCGUUGAAAAUCUCCCGGCAAAUAUCCAACCGGUGGAGUUUGUUGAUACACAAAAAUGAAUCAUGUUUAAUGAGUGGAUGAGAUAAGCAGAACCGGAAGAAGCUUCAUCCGUGUGAAUGAGAAUGGAUUGAUAUUUACUCGAAAUGGUGUGUCGUCCUCGUCGUCCUUCUCACAGGAAAGUUAGUGUCACAAAAGGGGAGGAAAAUUUUGCCGGAUUCCAAAAGCAUCAAUCUUCAUCAUCAUCAGCAACAGUAGCAGCAUCAUCAUCAUCAGUUUCGUGAUUGUCAUGAGUUUACUGUUGACGUCAUAAAAAAAAUUUGCGAAAAAAGGUGCAAAGGUGUUUAUAUCGUCGAGUGAACGCCCAGGAAAAUCGUUUAAUAGAAUAAAUAAGUAAUGGAUUUGAAUGGCGCACCUAAUCUUCGGAAUUGCCGCUGAUGGAUUUUGAAUGGGAGCAGACAGCUGAUUUCAAACAGAAAAUCAUCGACUAUGCAGCAGUGUUCGAUGCGUCAAGUAUUUCAAUUUGGCCUCGGGAAGUGAAUUGAUUUUAUGGCAGUGAUUUUGCUUACGUUGGCAUGUGAAAAUUUCGCUCAAUAAAUCACGGCGAGCGUUACAGCUCCCCAAUAAAAAAAUAAAGAAAAAGUGCAUCCAAGGGAAAAUCAAAAGUGAAAAUUUAUUCCAACAACAACAACAACUAUCCAUCGUCAUCAGAAGUGCGUUUUUUCCUUUUUUCUUUGUGAAAGAAGCUGACGGCUGGGAACAGGAUUAUCGAUUUCCAAUUUUCCCUUCCUUCCGCGGCUGACAGCCGCAUCGUCAGUGAGUAAGCUUUUCUUGCCCUCCGAUCAAACUUUAAUGCAAUCGUCUUCCAUCGGGACCGGGAAUGCGGAGAAAAUGGCCCACAAAACCCGCCACGAACAGAAAAGCAGAAGAAUGCAUCACUCAGCGUGUCAUGGUGUCAGUUCUGGCGCCGCCAUUCGGUUGGAAGGAAGUGGGGCCGCCGAUGCCACCAUCAUCAAUCCAUCAGCCCUGGGUCUGGCGACCGCGAUGGGGACAUUCCGGCCGGUUCUUCCGAUUCCGGCUGCUGUUAGUGGAGGGGAAGGCGUGGGCGUCGCUAAUGGCAUUCUUGGGAGCAGAAAAAUGUAUCGAUUUCAGAAGCGAUUAGAUUUACAACAACAACAUCACAAAUGCAAGUCCUACCACAGAACGUUCCGGGACCGCCUUAGUAGGGUUGAUUCCGGGGCCACGACGGUGCAAUGCGAAACUAUUCCAGAACCACUACUGGGAAGGGAUCGGGUGUUGAAUCGGUGUGUGGCAAAUCCGGGAGAUGAUAGUGUGAGUUGUGGGUUCGACAUGGGAAAUUCCUUCGGUGAUCACGUAUCGUCGCCGGAAACAUUGUCGCUUGAUGGAAGGAACACUUCUUAUGGACGCUAUAGGAGAACUCGAGAUGCGAGCUGGAUAAAGCUGGGAAUCGGUGGCCUAAAGGCUAGGAAUAUCCUCACCGUGGUGCUGCUACUUCUGGCUGGGCUUUGCACCCGAAGUGCCGGAGACGACACGGAGCAGUUCCAGAAAAACAGAAAAUUCACACCUACCACUGCCACUGUAGAUACAAUUCCCGCCCGAAUAGUUUGGGCUGCGGUGGACCAUGAUGCGGAACUGCCAUGCGACAUAACCGCUCCUGGGCUGCAGGAUGGCGUCAAACUGGUCCUGUGGUUCAAGGAUUCAACCGGAAUCCCACUCUAUUCCCUGGACUCCCGCUCGGGGGUUCCAAUUUCGGCGGCUCAACACUCAACCAUAGCCAGCGAUUUGGGCCAGCGGCUGUUCUUUUCGGUCGGCAGUUCCCCCAAAGAAGCUCGGCUACAGAUCCGCAACAUCAAACAAUCGGAUGGAGGAGUCUACCGGUGCCGGGUGGAUUACUUCAACUCGCCAACCCGAAACUAUCGGGUCAAUCUGACCCUCGUAGUGCCACCGGAAGAGCCACGGAUAUUCGACGCCCAGGGGAAGGAAAUUUCCACGAUGGCAGGACCAUUCCGGGAGGGUCACGAGCUCUUCCUGUCCUGCCAGGUGUCCGGAGGUCGUCCUCCACCGCGUGUUUCUUGGUGGCACGAUGGCGUUGAAAUCUCCAGCACCAGUCAUCCGUCCGCAGUCGAUGGAACGGCCGCCAUGGUCAAUCAGCUGUUCCUGGGAACCGUCACGAGGGAUCUGUACGGGGCCAAAUUCGUCUGCAAAGCCGCAGGGUCGAAGCUGGUACCGGUUGUCACCAAAGAGGUCGGAAUUCAGGUUCACUUGAAACCUCUGCGAGUGAAAAUAGUGACCCCCAAUGAGCUGCUCACGGCAGGGCGUCCAGCUCCAAUCCGUUGUGAGGCGUGGGGUUCGUUUCCGGCGGCCAAAAUCGUCUGGCUUCUGGAUGGAGAACCGCUGCGGAGCGCCGAUAUCACUGCACAUAGUGAUAACAAUAAUGCAAACCUAACGUCCAGCCUGUUGACCCUGCGAGUUUCGGCCGAGAACGAUGGCGCUGAGCUGACCUGCAGAGCUAGCAAUCCGUGGUUUAGUGGGACAGCGCUGGAGGAUAAACGCAUCAUUAGCGUAGCUUAUGAGCCGGUGGUUUCGGUGCAUUUGGCCAACGAGGACCCCAGCAGAGUCAUCACCCGAGCCGAGGGGGAAAAUGUAACGCUCAAAUGUCGGGCCGACGCUCGGCCACCGGUGACGUCCUUUUCCUGGUACAAAAACAACAUGCGCAUGUCGGGCGAAAGUGGCGAAACGCUGCACCUGGUAAGCUUGGAGCGUGAAAGUGCGGGAUCGUACGCCUGUGCAGCUUCCAACACCGAAGGGGAAACGCGUAGCUCUUCCAUCAGUCUUAAGAUACAGUUUCCCGCCCGAAUAGUUUGGGCUGCGGUGGACCAUGAUGCGGAACUGCCAUGCGACAUAACCGCUCCUGGGCUGCAGGAUGGCGUCAAACUGGUCCUGUGGUUCAAGGACUCAACCGGAAUCCCACUCUACUCUCUGGACUCUCGCUCGGGGGUUCCAAUUUCGGCGGCUCAACACUCAACCAUAGCCAGCGAUUUGGGCCAGCGGCUGUUCUUUUCGGUCGGCAGUUCCCCCAAAGAAGCUCGGUUACAGAUCCGCAACAUCAAACAAUCGGACGGAGGAGUCUACCGGUGCCGAGUGGAUUACUUCAACUCGCCAACCCGGAACUAUCGGGUCAAUCUGACCCUCGUAGUGCCACCGGAAGAGCCACGGAUAUUCGACGCCCAGGGGAAGGAAAUUUCCACGAUGGCAGGACCAUUCCGGGAGGGCCACGAGCUCUUCCUGUCCUGCCAGGUGUCCGGAGCUUCUGCAGCUAGACAACUAACAUACCGUUUGCCGUGCCGUGUUUGCCCUGAAGGCUGUUGGAACGCUGCAGCAGAAUUUUUGGGACUGGUCCUUGGACCAUCAACCUUCUUUUCGUCCAGUAGUCCAGUUUUUUGGGGGGCCCCAGAGCGGCCACGUUCUCUGACUGGCGCGACGUUGGCACCGUUGUUCCGGAUCCAGGAGCAGAUGCCCCAGUUUAAGCUGCACAGUUUGGAACCGGGCCGGGAUUACCAGCUGAUGGUGUACGCGGUCAACGCCAAAGGCAAGAGCGAUCCACCGUUUGUGAUCGAAAAAGUCCGGGUGGGGUCGGCCCUGAUUCCUCCCUAUGUUGACGAAACCAUCAUAUCGGAGGAUCCCACGCCGGCGGAAACGUCGAAUGCGGACAAGCAGAAACAGCACUCGCAGAUGGUGGUUUUUGCGGCCGUCGUGGCCGCUGCCGGCGUUGUCCUGACGUCGAUCGUCGUGGCCGGCUUCGUGGCGAUAUGCAGGCUCAAGCGACCGAAACCACCGGAACCGCAGGAAGUGCGCAAGCGGAUGCGACCCGCCCGAACCGAUGUGCCAUCGAUGUAUGCCGAGGACGACGUCUUUGAUGACGAGUAUCAGCGGCACCCCGGGGGACCAGGAGGGGGACCGGGAGGGGCCAACAGUAACGAUCCCCGAUGCAGCAGGGCCUCGUCGACCCUUCGGAGUAGUCGGUACAUCUCCGAGGGAUUUGUACAGUAUUCGCAACCUAGUCUUAAUGAUUUCUAACUGCAUGGCACUUCU